AUGGCCGACAGCGGCGAUCGCGGCAUGUGUCAUGCCUGCGGCGGAGUCUGGCUUUUGAAUCGUGGGGAUAGUGCUGGGCCCGAGAGCCAUCUGACAUGCCCACACUGCGACUCCGACUUCAUAGAGAUAAUUGAAAUUCCUCCAGAGAGUCCACAGCCCGAAGCAGAAGCUGAGCCACGCUCUCCCCCGGUCAAUCCUUGGGCAGACCACAAUCCCUGGGCACAAGAAGAGCUCGGGUCAGGGAUACCAGGGGUUUCGUUUCAGUCAUAUCGUUCCCCCGAUGGUCGCUUCUCUUUCAGCACCACCAUGAUCGGUGGUGGCAUCCCAUCCCAGCAAGGUGCUCAGCCAAACCCAAUGCUUCCGAUGGUCAUGCAGAAUCUUGAGACUCUUUUCCAAGGUCUCACCGGUAUGCACAAUGGUCGACAGGCCCAGCAAAGUCCCGGAAUGGCUAUGCCUCCUCCUCAAGCUCAUAUGGCCGGGUUACAAGGGCAAGAAACUGGAAUCCGCGAUCCGUCUGACGUACAGGGCGACACUGGUGGGCCGCACGAAGGUCAGCCGUUCAACGGCCCGGGUAUGACUCCUGUCACGAUACGCUUACAGAGUAUAGCCGACCUAUUUAAUAUCAUCCAGGGAGAUAUUCCCAUGCAGCAGAACGCGGCAGGCCAAGCAGCAGGGGACGCAUCUCGACUUAGUCCCUUUGCAAUGCUUUCCGCUUUGAUGAAUGUACAGCGCAGUGGAGACGCGGUUUAUUCGCAAGAGGAACUGGAUCGAGUCAUAUCGCAACUGAUUGACCAUGCUCAGCAAGGCAACGGUCCGCCGCCAGCCCCGGAGUCAGUCAUAAAUUCAUUACCAAAGAAGAAAGUGACUCCUGAAAUGGUAGGGACAGACGGAAAGGCAGACUGUUCUAUCUGCAUGGAGUCAGUGGAAUUGAAUACCGAAGUGACGGUUCUUCCUUGUGAUCAUUGGUUUCAUUUUGAUUGUAUCAAAAUUUGGCUGAGCCAACACAACACCUGCCCACAUUGCCGAAGGAGCAUUGGUUCGCCCAAUACGACGAACUCCGCGCAAGGUACACAAGAAGACCCAUUUGUGAUUCCGGACAGUCCUGUACAAAGCUCGCAACAAAUACCGCCUCAGCGUUCCUCCUUCUCGUCUUUCCCCAACAAUCAAGCCACGGAUGGCACUCAGUCAUCAACGUCUGCACACACACAUGCCGCCCCAGCACCGGAGACGGAACAGCCUGGUGUUCCACAGGAAAGCCAGAGUGAGGCUAACACGGGUUCGGGCGGAAUCACGGGCUGGGUCUGGAACCGGCUCAGUGGUGGCGGCAAUAGCUGA